AUGUUUGAACUGGCACUUGUUGUUGUGCAAGAAUCAGACUCGAAGAAGAAGCACAAACGGCUUGAACGACUCUUGAGCAAAGCAGUAGAAGUUGGUGAAUAUAAUCGUAUUCAGUCUAGUUCAAAGCUCACAAAAAACCAAAAGUCAAAGCUUCAAACUCAAAAGGCUCGAAAAACUAUCCUUAAAAAAAUACAUUCUGAACUAAGCAAGCGCCACAAUCCUGAAGAAACAUUUGAAGAAUGGAACUCGCAAGACCUGGUGCCCGUCAGUUCUGAGGCUGCGCUAACUGAUGCGGUGGUAAGUGAGUUAAAUAAUAACGUGAACGAGAACGAAGAAGAAACAUCUUCUGGGUCGGAGGAUGAAGCUGAAAAGCAUCUUGAAACAAUAACUAGCACUUUCGAUCAAUCUUCAACAUGGGAAAAAGCGAAUUUCUUGAUAAGAGCCAAAGGUCUUGAAGUUUUUCCUCAUCACGACGUUCCUAACGGCUCAUUGUACGGUGUGACUGGAGAUAUGAGACUGAAAUUUGGACUGAAAAAGACCCACGCUGCCCAUGUCACAGUCCUACUACACUUGAAUAUCCUCAGACGAAACUGGAACUUGGCCUACAAGUUGUUUUGUUUGUUAAUUCGUGUACCUGAUAUUGACAUUAGAACUAUAUGGCCGCUUGGAAUCGAAAUUUUGUCCCAGAAGCAGCGUGAAACGGCCAAGAAUGGAGUAGAACCAGAACUAUAUAAGGACGAGAAGUUCUUUGACUGGCUAACCUCAUUCUACAGUACUCGUUGGCACCAUAAAUCAACGACGUCAUAUCCAUCUCGCCGAUCCGCUGCGCCAGUUUGGCGCUCUGGUUCAAGAACUCAUGCCCCUCUCUAUGUCAUAUCAUCAUUGUGGACGCUCUUGGUUCGGCGUGACUUUUCCAAGCUCAAUGAUAAACUAAGCGAAAUGUUACUUGAGCCUCCAUAUAGCACUAACGGAGUGUUCCACUUUUUGCUUGCUUCCAGUAAACUAUUGGAAGCAUUCGACUUGAAAGACCAAUAUUCCAAUACUGACGAUGCGAACCAUAAAAAUGAACUUGAGGGACAAAUCAGAAAAACCAUAACUUUGAUCGAAAAGCUGUUGGAUAAUAGUAAAGAAUGCAAUUUCAGCUUUCCAGAAUCCGAGUUUCGAAAUGAGAUAAACUUCAUAAAAACAAUCUACGACUCGGAGGCUCCGCCUACACCUUCCACUCUGGGUCAUAAUAUCACCUCGGACCUCGACGAGGACCAAAGCUUACCUAUAUUGGAUGAUAAUGAGGACAUUGAAGAGGAGACUUUUGUGGACUUUUCCAGUGACGAUGACGACUAUCAAGAUGCCAAAGAAACCCUUGAUAACUCAAGCAAAGCAGACUUGGAGUUUGACUUUGAUUUGUAA